ACGCAAGUCUUCCCGCUUAAGAAUCCCGAUUUAAAGGCGACCAUGUCGAAGCACCAGCAUUUGAUGGCCAGGGACCAACUGGCGGCCAUUGCGAAGGAAGAGGCGCGUCGCAAACGCGCCGAGAUGCGUUGGAGUUAUGGGAACAAGUUCUCCAGCAUAAAUCUGAACAAGAUGCGCCAGAAGAAGGAGAGUGCCAGUGGCGAUUUGGCUAUGACCAAAGCAUCGGCAGUGGAUACCCCCCUGGAAGUGGAGGCCGCGCCGCCCAAGGAUACGGACAUGGCAUUGCGACGGAUUGCCUCGAGCUUUGCCCAUGUCAGGGAUUCGGUGAGCGGCAAUUUUGACGCUUUGCCGCCGGAGGAGAGUGAGGAAGAUGCUGGCGAGGAGCGUGCUGAGGUCCUUAUUUGCAGUCAGGCGAUGCCGAUGCCGAUGCCGAUGGCCUUACCGUCUGACCACUCCUCGACGGCAGUCGAACCAGUGGCAAUGCCUGACGAGCCCCUAGAGGAUGUGCUUUCCCAGCAGUACGGUUCCUUGAAGUUACCCGUAAUAGUGCCGGAGCCGUUGCAGCUCGAGUCCCGGGCCACCGAACGUUGGCAACAGCUGGGCAGUACGGUAUCCGCUUUGUUCCGGGCACGACGGUAUAUCGACAGUCCGGAGACCCCGGUGGCACAGACCCGACGCCUGCGGGAGCAGCGCGAGCUCCUCGAGGCCUUUACCCGGCCCUUUCUGUUCGAGGCUCACAAGCGGGACUAGCUAGAGCCCCUUCCCGCCCUCAUUUGAAUUCGAAACCCCCUGUUAAGCCAGCCCAAGCCAUUGAAAUUCGAGCAGAGUAGCUCCUGUGUUGUAAAUCAAAUUCAAUUCAUUUCGCAGAUUGA